AGUUUAGUUCAAAUAAGUUCAGCAUUGCUUUCCGAUAGGCUUAUUGGUACAUUCUCGGGUUACACCCAAUCGAAAACUAAGCAUAUGAAAAACAACUUCGUUUUCACUUAUCUAAGCUCAAGUAAGAAAGCAACCAUAACUUAGCCACCCACAACAAUGGAGGUUUUUCCCCGCUUUUCCAACCGCCUUCUUUCUCUCUCCUCCAUAAACCCUAACCCCAAAUCUCUCAUCACCCCAUUUUUCCAUCUCCAAUUUUGCCAAUUACCCACUUCAAAUCCCUUACCCAUUUGCCCAAACCCGAUUAAAACAACCCAUUUUUUCAGUACAAAACCCCUCAAUUCUUCUUUAUCUUCUUCACCUUCUACAUUAAAAACUCGGGCAGGUUGGUUACUGGGUCUUGGGGAAAAAAACAAGCAGAAGUUGCCCGACUUGGUUAAAGCGGGUGACCCGGUUCUUCAUGAACCGGCCCGAGAAGUUGACCCGAAUGAAAUCGGGUCUGAGAAGAUUCAGAAGAUAAUUGAUGAUAUGAUUAAGGUUAUGAGGAUUGCUCCUGGUGUUGGACUUGCUGCUCCCCAAAUUGGUGUCCCUUUAAAGAUUAUUGUUUUGGAAGAUACAAAAGAGUUCAUCAGUUAUGCGCCAAAAGAGGAGAUUAAAGCACAAGAUAGACGCCCAUUUGAUCUUCUGGUUAUUGUGAAUCCGGUGUUGAAAAAGAAGAGCAACAGAACGGCACUUUUCUUUGAAGGCUGCCUGAGUGUCGACGGGUAUAGAGCAGUGGUGGAGCGAUAUCUUGAUGUCGAAGUCAAGGGACUGGAUCAAUAUGGGCAGCCUAUAAAAGUGGACGCUUCAGGAUGGCAGGCACGUAUUCUUCAGCAUGAGUGUGACCAUUUGGAGGGUGCUCUAUAUGUUGACAAGAUGAUGCCAAGGACAUUCAGAACUGUUGAAAACUUAGAUUUACCUCUUGCAGUUGGCUGUCCGAAGCUUGGAGCACGGAAGAUUUCAUCUUGAUAGACUAGCCGAUGGAGGAUCUUGUCACCCAUUACAUUGGUAUAAUUAGCUCAAGAAUUUUCAAGGGAAACCAUCAUUCAUUUUGAUUAAUUUCAUAUUGAUCACAUGUUAUAUUUUAGUGGGAAAGAUCUCUGUAGGUUGCUCUACUUUUUAUAAGCUAUUUAUUCCAAAGGUACUUGGAUAUUUCAUUUCUCUCCCUCUUAGUGGGGUUACAUCAGUUUGAAUGUUAAUUCUGGUUGGUGUUGAAAUUUUUGAAUACUUAGGUUAAUUGGUUGGAUUAUAUUUGACCUUUCUUUCAUCGCUUUAAAUUAACUUCAAAUGAAUUAUGAUAUGAUAAUAAUAUUCUAAGCAAAA